AUGGUGAUCCAGGAGAAUAAAAACAUAAUGUGGUUUAUCAUUGCAGGUUUGACGCGUGUCACCUGUGACAUGGUAGAUUACAAGCAUGUGACAGCGAUGGCUGACUACGCUUUGCGCCUUCGCGAACAACUGCAGGAGAUAACGGAGGAAGUGAACCAGAUCCUUUCGGCAAAAGGAUAUCCUACAACGUGUCGAGGCACCAUAGAAGUUAAAGGCAAAGGUACCAUGCAAACCUUUUUCCUGGACGGCCCAACUCAGCCAGAUCUGAUGAAGGAUCCUCUCCAAUCUGCGUCUACUCCCACCACCAAUAUCACGGUCAACCCAUUAGCCAACCUCAACGAAAAACAAGCCGUUUCCAACACCCCUCUAUUACUAGGUACUAUAUCGGAGAAGAAUUGAGUUUCUUUCAGGAAUCUUCCUCCCAAAUGAUUUACGAAGGCCCAAUCAAGCGGCCUAAGUACCCUACAGGUCCUUUUCAUCGUUAUUGGCUAUUUCAAAGAUACAAUGCAUUUCUGUUCACACUAUGCUUUCAAAGCCAAUCUCCAAAGGUUUUAAGGUUCAUCUUAAAACAUCAUACCAGGAACCAGAUAUACCUUACCAACCAGGAUCAAAGAUUUAAUAAAAAAAGUGCAUAUCUUUAUAUUUCGUAAAUUCCACUUUCACUGUAGAGAAACAUUUUAAUUGUGGCGCGCGGUUUACCUUUUACUUUUAUUAGAGGCUCUAUAAUAGAGAUGUUACAUGUUACCCACUCGAAAAUGGUCAGGACUCAGGACUCUAUAAAGUACACAUAUCACUAAACUCAUUUUUAGAUGCCGUUAUUUUUUUUAUUAUUUCGCUGAUUGUGAACGAAUCAAGUCCUGAGUAGAUUUUUCAUUAAGCGAAAGCAGCUAUUUUCAGAGCCAUAAAACACAGGCUAAACUUAUUAUCUAUGCUUAGAGUUGAAAAGUCCCUAAAUCUUAUUAGAAACAGUACCUGAUCCCGGUUUUUGGCUCUUUUUAUUGUUUAAUCAAUUUUUUAUGUCUUAUACAUGUUGUGCAUAGAAUCGUUCUGAUUCUGCGCUGUAGGCUCUCAUGAUGUCAGAACUUCUUUGUGAUUGGCUACUGGAGAAUCAAAACGGUUCCAGAAUAGUUGCCUGUAGAACCCGAACGAGGCUAUAAUCACCUUCUUGAUAGAAAAACGUUGCUCAUGAGAGAAGUCGUCAGACAGCUUUCUAAUCUAUUGAACCUUUUUACCUCGGUAACGUUUUAGUUGGAUCAUAAAUGUUUUACCGUCAUAGCUAUCUUUGCAUUUUUUUAAAUUAUUCUUUUGGAUACUAAUUACUAAGGGCCCUUCUGUACAGUAAUGGAAUCUGAAUAAAAUUGUUGUGGGAAAAUUAGCCAUGAUGUAGCUUUUAAGUCUUAAACCAACAAGCUCUCCUCAACUUACUAUCAAUUGCGGAUCGCGAAGCUCGCGGUAAUAGGUAUAUAGAUAUAUUAGUCUUGUACAAUGGCCACUUGGGCGCUAGUGUCGCAUUUCUUCAUGAGGGGGAAUGAACAAUUAUAUGACAGCGAUACUCUGUCUUGGAUUUUCUGAUCCAUAUUGAACGCGUGGAAAAAAUAGUGGCCCAUUUCAUUUUGAAUGCAUAGCACUUGUUCUUUUAGUAGAAGAAAUAUCCGUCUUGAAGCGAAACUAUCCACACAGACAGGAAAAUGUUGUAAAUAUUAGACAAUAACAGUUGCCUCCAUUCUUCCGAAUAUUCUGGAACACACGAUCUACAUUGUAUGUGUUUAUGUAAAUGUCAAUAAAAAGGGUUUUUUAUUCCACGUGUCUAUUUUCAUUAAAAAUAAUAAAAAUAGAGUUAAGAACAUGAACAUACUCCUCACUACACAUUGUACGUGUUUAUGUAAAUGUCAAUAAAAAGGGUUUUUUAUUCCA